UACAGACCGGAAUCUUUUUAACUUCUGCUUUAUUCACCAUUAAGCACAGGAGGAGUGAACCAAAAGGAUGGGAUGUGUAUUCAUGCUGAGUUUUGCUGUGGGCCAUAAAGUGGGUCAACACCUGAGAAGGAGGUGAAAGGAGCAACAAAGGAGACUGUUUAGUCCUCCAGGAAUAUUGUAAGGCGAGAGAGACUGACCAGAGAUAGGAAACUGCUUUCCUAUCUUUAAGCUGCAUCUUUUUACAUCUUGACAAACACAUUUUUUUUAACUGGUUUUGCAGCCUGCAUGUGGACAAAUGUAACCACAUUUACCUGACUGUUGGGAAUCGAGCCUGGGGACUUUUCCAGAAGGAGGAACAGUGGAGUUACUUUUUAGUGUUUCUCUUUUUUAACAAAGUUUGCAACAUUUUUCUUUAUCAUUAAAGCAUAAAGAUAGAUAAUCCAUCAUAAGAGACAUACACUCCACCAUGCAGAACUUUGGACCUGAGCAUGAUGACUCCUUCGAUUUUCUGUUCAAGAUCAUCCUGAUCGGAGACUCCAAUGUGGGGAAAACCUGCGUGGUCCAGAACUUUAAGUCAGGGAUUUUCUCUGAAAGACAGCAGAACACUAUCGGGGUGGAUUUCAGCGUACGGACCGUGGACAUAGAGGGCAAGAAAGUCAAGAUGCAGGUGUGGGACACAGCAGGUCAGGAGAGGUUUCGAACCAUCACCCAAAGCUACUACCGCAGUGCCCACGGCGCCAUCAUUGCCUAUGACAUCACACGGCGCUCCACCUUCGACUCAGUGACUCACUGGAUAAAAGAAGUGGAGACCUACGGGGCGUUCAAUGUAGUCCUGGUUCUUAUAGGUAACAAAUGUGAUCUAGAGGAGGAUCGGCAGGUUCCAUUUCAGAUAGCGUGCAACCUGGCAAAAGAAAGAGGCAUACUCGCCGCUCUAGAAACAUCCGCAAAGGAGAGUCAGAAUGUGGAAGAAGCUUUCAUGAUGAUGGCCAGAGAGCUACUGGUACGAAACGGCCACAACGUCCAGCACGGAGAUUUCGACAACCCUCGGGUUCUGCUCAGGUCCGACUCUCGGCCUGUAAAUGGCAUGGUCAAUGCCUACACACCACCAGAGAAGAAGAACUGCUGCUGAUUAAGAGAGGGAAGUCUGGAGAUGAAGAGGACAGAUGAGGAAAUAAGACAUGAUGCACUGAUGUGGCCUCAGAAAUCUCUGUUAUAUGGAAAUGGAGCAAACUUUCAGAAAGUAUUGAAAACUUUAUACAGAACGACCUGGACUGAGGAAUUGCUUCAAAGACA